UUCCCAAAAUGGUUGUCUGCGGGUAAUCCCAAAAACAAUAUCACCUAGGAAAACGGAAAAGAGGUGUGUUUUUGCCAGUUGUUGAACACUAUGCUUUCACAGGGACUUUGCAUGGUGCUUAUGGUCUUGAAGAUAGAUCCGUGAAAGUGUACUAGCAAUCGACAACUAGCAGCAAUCAGACCAAUAUCUCUAGGGAUAGUGAACUGAGGCAAAGUGUACAUGUAUGACGGCUGCCGCUGGGAUGAUAGGCUUUAUGAAGACCAAGAACUUUUUCAUCCUCAUCCUGUCUCUCCUCACCCUCUCGGCCACCAUAUGGCUAGCAGUCAAUCCAACACCACACAUACGAACUAUUGUCACCGAGACACAUAAGCAGAUCUCCAAUCUUAAAAAUGUUCAGAUUGUUCGAGAAAAGACUUUAGUUUUGGAUGAAAAGUACCUGGAUUUAUUGGGGUUUAAUUACAGUACUAACAAUUAUCCUGCAGGGGGAGUAGGGAAGGAACAUGUAUUGCCGUAUUUAGUGACUGCUGUGUCUUCUAAGAAUACAGAACAAGUACAGCUUCUGCUUGAGUCGAAGAAAAAGUUUUUGAAGAAACUAUUGAAAACUGUGGUAUUUGACUUAGGUCUUGGCUCAUAUGAUCUUAAUAAGUUAAAAUUAGCAUGCAACUUCACAAGUAGUUGUGAAAUAAGAAAAUUCAAGUUUGAUGAUUUCCCAUCACAUGUGACUGACCUUGAUAUUAAAGCAUACAAACCAGUGUGUAUACAGAUAAUACUUAAGCAGCAUCAAGCAGUUUUCUGGAGUGAUGCCAACAGAUACUUUGUUGCCAGUACUAUAGAUGGCGCUAUAAAACAUGCACAAAAGACAGGCUUCUCAGCUUGGACUCUUGACAGCAAGGACUCCACGUCAACACUGACACAUCCAAAGAUGUUUGGCUUCUUCAACACAAAACCUGAAGACUAUCACUUCCACCGCAUGGUUGAGGCCAAUAACCUGAUACUCUACAAUACCCAGGUUAUUCAAGAUCAACUGAUGCUGCCUUGGGUGCAGUGUGCUCUUGUGAAAGACUGUGUCGCCCCCUAUGGUGCACAAGCCACAGGAUGUUCCUUCAUUUACAAGCCGCGAUAUAAAUACUCUGGUUGCCACCGUUAUGAAAUGUCUGGACUUAAUAUUAUUCUGGGUCAAGUGUUUAAGCAGAACGAAUCCCAGUAUACAGUGGAUGAUGUGAUGUUUGGAACUCGAGAGAGAUAUUUCAAUUUGACAAGGACUAUCAUUAAAAGUGUGUCCAAGUCCUAACACAGGGUUUUGAAUGAGUUUGGCGCCAUUCAGAGUAGAUGAUCCUAGUACUAACUGAACCGCAGACUAGUUAUGAAUUACAACACUUCAAAAGAGAUGCUGCUGAUUCCUGAUGGUCUCUCCACCUCCACACGCGCCAUUAAACGGAUUAAAUGUUGGCUCCAAGGUUUAAUUGCUAGGCCCCUGCAGCAACUGCUUGUGUGGAGACAGGCAGAUCAUCGAGAAUCAGCAGCAUCUCUUUUGAAGUGUGGUCGGUGGAUCAGUUAGUACUCGGAUCAUCCAUUCUGAAUGGGGACUUCUAUUGGCUCAUGUGUUUCUUGGCUUUUUUAUGUUGUUAAUUUGCAGAUUUGAUUAUUUACUUUUUAUGUUUGUUUUCGAGUUUAUCAUUACAUGGACAUAAAUGUUGUGAUCACUGUUUGAACAAACAUUUCAGAUCAUGUUGUUUUUUUUUUUUAAUUGGUUUUAUUAUUUUGUAAAUUAUUAUUUUAAACCUCAGGGAAAAAAGGUAUUGAAUGAAAGUCCUUGAUUAGCUAAUUACCCCCGCCAAGGAGGUUAAUAUGUUUUCAGCCCUGUUUGUCUGUCUGUCUGUUUGUCAUCAACAUAACUCAAUUUUUGAGGAAAUUUUCAGGCUAGGUCAGAAAUGGGUUAACUUAGAGGUGAUUAGUUUUUGGUGGUGAUCCGGAUCAAUAAUCAAUAAUAAUAAAAAAUCCCUGCCUUGGCGGGGUCUGCGCUUUCGGAGUGCUUUUCUAGUUUCAAUCAUGUUAUCAUCUAAAAAAAAAUUAGAACAAUAUAAUUUUUCAUCAGUGCAAACAUUUAGUUUAGAUUCUGCACAAUAGCUCAAUGUAUUACAAGUAAAGAGAGAAAAAGUUUUAUCUUGUCAGUGCUUUUUAGAUAUUGUUGUAAACAUCUUAGUUAUUGGAGGUGUAGCGAAUGUUUUUUUUUUUAGUGCCUGUGUCAUUGGUGUGUUUUGUGUGUGCAUGCUGUUACUCUCAGACUGAUCUUUUCAACGAGGGAAAAUUGUGAAUUUUACAGAUGCUGUAUUUUUUAGUCAUAACUUUUAAUUUAGAACAUUCCUGUAGAGUGGCAGCAACAAAAUUGAAAAGCAGGCUACUCUAUAGUUCUGUUCUAUGCAGUAAAAGCACCACAAAUACUAUGUAGAAAUAUUAGAUAGUGAUAUUAAUGUAUCUGAAAGUUUGAUAAUUCAUGUCCAUUGAAAAGAUCGAGUCAUGAUAUUGUU